ACGAACAAUUUAACGAGACACGUCUACGCACAGUCGGCACACGAAAAUAUGUUCAACAACACGACUGCGCGUAAUGGCAGCAGUUUGUGGACGAAAAAUGCGGUCGGCAUGGAACAGGCGGCUGUGAUCGAAGAGCUGAUCGCCGAGUUCUCGUCGUCGCAAAUGAAAUUCACCGAAACCAGAAGUAUCCUGUUGAUCGGACUCUACGUCCCGUUGUUCUUGGUCGCGGCCAUAGCCAAUUCCGUGGUCAUCGUCGUGGUCAUCAAGUACCACUACAUGAGGAGUGUGACCAAUUACUUUUUGGUGAACUUGUCCAUCGCCGAUCUUCUAGUGACAUUCAUAUGCAUGCCAAUGGCCGUUGGACAGUCGGUGACCGGUUUGUGGCUGUACGGCGAGACAAUGUGCAAAUUGACAUCGUAUUUACAAGGUGUUUCAGUUGGAGCAAGCGUUUUUACUAUAGCUGCAAUGAGUAUCGAUAGAUAUUUAGCUAUCGAACAUUCGAUGUCAUUCAGAAAAGUACUCAAUCGAAAAUCAACCAUAUACGUCAUACUUGCUUUAUGGCUUGUGUCCAUGACUAUAUUCGGCCCAGUUUUAUGGGUCCGUCAAACAGAAUCUGUGGAGUUGGGAGAUGAUCCAAUACUAAUCGAUGCUGUCCAUAGAUAUGGUUUGGCCUGGUGCAUAGAGGACUGGGGAAAUCCACAUGCAAAAUCUACGUUAUCUAAACACGUUUAUGGUAUUCUAUGUUUUGUUCUGGUGUAUGCUACACCUGGUUUUCUAGUGACUGGAGCCUACACAUUGAUGGGUCGAAGACUAUGGGCCGUACGACCACCAUUUGAUGACCAGCAGGGCAUGAUAAGUGUUCAACAGGUCAGAAUGGUACGUGAGAGACGUAGAGUAGCAAGAAUACUCUUUGUCUUAGCAGUAAUAUUUGCAUUGUGUUGGUUACCAUACAACUUAUUAACACUUUUCUUAGAUUUAGAUAUCACACUUGAUAAAUUUGGUCUAGAUCAGGAGUAUUUAAUGAAGUGGUAUCCUUUUACACUACUUUUAGGCCAUGCAAAUUCAGCAAUCAAUCCUUUGCUGUAUUGUUUUAUGACAAGGAAUUUCCGAAGAACAAUUAAGGGUUUUGUAUGUAAUACUGGAAUCGCUAAACCGAGAAGAAGAAAUCGAUGCAAAGUUUCAGAAGGGGCUGACCGAGAAAAGCACAACAAGUGGAUACGGCUCGUUCCGCAACCCACGUCGGCUGUGUUUCACCCUGGCCCAGCUACGCCAAAACAAUACAGUCCAAACACGAACUGCAACGAUAUCAAACCUCGCUGUUCUGUAAAUGAAAAAGAGUUCAUUUUGUAAUAUUACGUACCUAUGCUACUGUGUUAAUUUGCUUGAAUUAAUUUUUAUAUUAUAUAAUUAAUGUAUUAUAAUGUAUAUAAAGCUUGAUGUACUAUGUCCAUACUCAGAAAAAACUACUCGUAAAAAACUACUAUUAUGUUUUUUACUUAAUUAUUAUUCUUAUUGUUAUUAUUAUUAUUAUCAUGAUCUUUUUACGAAUAUCUAAUUACAUUUUUUUUUAAUUUAUUGAUAUAAAUAUAUAAUGAUAAUACUGUACAUACCUACUCAAUUAUACUGAUCCUUCAUAGAGCAACAUUAUAGACACUUGCCUCGAUGUCAUGAGUAAUAUAAUAACUAUUAUGUACCUUUAAAAUUUCUAUCUACAUCAUAUGUGCAUAUAAUAUAUUAUAUACUCAAUGUCUCAAUGUUACACAAACAUUAUAAUACCAAUAAUUCCAUAUAAAUUAAAAAAAUUAGUAAAAAUCCCAAGCAGGGACCAGAGAUCAGGUAUUGCAGAUUACCUAUACAAGUGUCGCACUCUCGCUUCGCUCACUUUAGUACCAGAUGAUGUGGAUAUAAAUAUAUAUUAUUUGGCAUUUUAAUAACUGUUAUUCAAACUACGAUUCUACAAGAUGUGAAAACUGAUCAACUAUGUAUUUAAAUUCCCAGUAUAUUAACAUCUAAACUUACAAAUUCUAUAAAAAUUAAUCCAACAAAAUAUCAUCAUCAUCAAAUAUUUCUGCAUUUCAUACUUUAAACCCUUUGUAUACGUGGUGUAACUGUAUUAUUAUAUUAUUGACUAAAGACUUUUGAAUUUCUAUCAUAUUUAUUUUUGGCAUAAUUUAUUUUAUUAUUAUUAAUAUUUUGUGAGUGAAAUUUAGUGUAACAUUUAUACAAAUGAUUUCACAGAAUGUCUAAAGUUCAAUGUGAAGGUGCUAAAUUAUGAAAACUUGUUCAAAAAUUUUCUAGCGAAGUUUUUAGAACUUAUAAUAUAAUACUUACUAUAAUUUGAAAUAUUUUUUUUGCAUCAUUUUGAAUAUUUUUAAAAAUAUUAUGCAUACUUUACCAUUUAUUAUCUUAUAUAAAUCCUAGCUCUAGUUACAAAUCUAACCUAUUAAAUGUUUGCCUAGAUUUCAACAAUUUAAAAUGUUAUAUAACUAUCAAUCAAACACCUUAAAGAGAGUAAUUAAUUAUCAAACACAAAAUAAGUUCAUCUAUUUGAUAAAUAAUUUGUACCAACAGUUUUCAUUAUAAUUAUUUUGUUAAUAUUAUACCAUUCUACUAUAACAUCAAGUUUAUAUGAUUUGAUUUUAGUCUUAAAUAUAUGGUCAGUGAGUAUUUUAAGUCCUUGUAGAAUUAUUAUUUUUAAAAUAAUAGCAAUCGAGAACAACUAAUGUUGAUUUUGGUAGAUGGAUACAAAGUAUAUUUUAUUUGUAUUGUUAUAAAAUAUAAAAAUAAAUGGUUAUCUAUAAUUGACGUAUUGCUGUAGAUAUAAUCAAUAACUGCAAAUUUUAUAUUCUGCCAUUUUAGUGGUACUUGUCUAAUAUAUAUAUUAUCUAUAUUAUAUUCUUUUAAACGAUUGUUAUAAUAA